GGUGGUAGCACGGUCAGAAUAGUGAAGGAGCAAUGAGAGGGAUACAGUUACCGUUGAGUCAAACUCAGAAGGUUCGUCUUCAGAAGGCUCUAGAACUGCUUGAGUCUCUCUCAUCCAAGGUGAACUCCGAUGCUUCUGUAACUGUUGCCGAUUCCAUCUCCGUCAACCACGAAGACGGCGUCUUAAAGGGUCAUGGAACCGCUGACCUUAACGGCGAAGUCGUUGCCACUGUUUGCGGCGUCGUCGAGCGCGUCAACAAACUCGUCUAUGUCCGCGCGUUACGCUCCAGGUACAAGCCUGAGGUUGGUGACAUCGUUAUAGGGCGUGUUGUUGAGGUUGCUCAGAAGCGUUGGAGAUUGGAGAUAAAUUACAGUCAAAAUGCAGUGUUGAUGCUUUCUUCUAUGAAUAUGCCUGAUGGUGUUCAGAGGCGGAGGACAGCUGUAGAUGAACUGAAUAUGCGCUGUAUUUUUGAGGAGAAGGAUGUAGUUUGUGCUGAAGUUCGUGGUUUCCAGCAUGAUGGCUUACACCUUCAGGCAAGAAGUCAGAAAUAUGGAAAGCUUAAUAGAGGUCAACUGCUUACUGUACCUCCUUAUUUAGUGAAGAGACAAAAACAACAUUUCCAUCAUCUAGAGCAGUAUGGUAUUGAUUUGAUACUCGGGUGUAAUGGAUUCAUAUGGGUUGGGGAACAUAUUGAAGCCAAAGAUGACUUGGUAGAAGAUCAAGUGAACCAAUCUGAUCAUCAAGUUUUAUUGCCAAAUAAAAAUUCCUCGAGUCUUGAAGAACAAGAGAAAAAUUACACAACAUUGGAGACGAGAAAGUACAUAUGCAGGGCUGCUAAUGCAGUUAGAGUAUUAUCAACGUUGGGCUUUAACAUUACACUGGAAAUAAUCAAGGGAAUUAUUGAUCUAAGCCUUUCUCUGAAUCUUGAUAUACACGAGAUGCUUGGUUCUGAGUUCUGUGUUCUGGUUGCCGAAAAGGAGACAGAAAGGAGAAGCUCAAAUAAAAAGAAGCGGUAGAUUGUGAACUUGUGAUUAUAAAGCCAGUUUAUAAGCUUUAUUAUUCCUUUGCUCUUUUGCCAAGGGAUAAAGCAGUGGAAAGAAACCGUUGCAACUGUAGCAAGUCUUACUUCAAUAUUGUUCCAAGAUCCACUCUCCUUUCUCUACUUUUGGUAGACAUAGUUAGCUUUGAAAUGGUUGUUAGUAGAUUACCUUAUAGUAACAGAAUCUGAUUUUUGAAAAUGUAGGAUUUCCUCCAUAGUUUGAAGGAGCUUGAAGCUUCUUUUUUAGUUCAAGGUGUUGCAACUUAAGGUGAUUUGAUGAAUAGUUUGUUUGAAAGGCCGGUAGUCACAUUAUUUUCAGUGUAGCCACUUACCAACCCGUGUCUCUAUUCUUUUGUAGUCUUUUGUUUGUUUCUGGAUCAUCCUUUUGCACAGUCGUCUUAACCAAAUUAUAGCAAAAAUUAAUGGC